AUGCCGAGUGAUCGUCUGAAGAAUCUCAACAUUUUUUCAUCGUAAGUUCAGAAAUUGUUCUAUAUGAAAAUGUUCCAAUGUUUCAAUUUUUAGUGAAAGAGUGCAACAAGCGCCAAGAAGAAUUGUCAAUCUUUCCACGGCUCCUUUCGAGGCUGAUUCUACUCCUCCAGCUCCAACCACAGUUGCAGCUCAGGCUUCAAUCAAAAAAACUUUACGUACAACUCGAGCUAAAUCUCUAGGCCGUCAAGGAGCUGUCAAAUCUUCUACGACAUCGUAUGUUAUCAAUAUUGGGGCUCCUACCCGAGCAUCAGCUCCAAACAAAAAGACAUCUCUAACUCCGCUUCGAACUCGAGCUGCAUCUCUAGACCGUCAAGAGCUUGUUACUAAUUCUGCAGCAACUACUCGAGCUUCAAGACCUUUGCGCAUAUCUCCAGCUUCAAUCGAAACUCCACUGCAAACUCGAGCCGCAUCUCUAGAUCGCAAGCCACCUGUGAAUUUGUCCAAGACCCCAUAUGUUAUCAAUAUUGAAGUUCCUAAACGAUUCCAAGCUCCACGUGCAAAUCAACACGCAGUUUUAAACCGCGUUCGAGCUCCAGCGCAAAAUCCAGCUGUGGCUCCAGGUCCAGCUUCAUCUUCACCACAAUCUCGAUCAAAAGCUCCAUUGAAACCUUCACCGAUGACUCCAGCUCAAACCCCCGCUGAACUACGAGCUAAAUCUCUACCUCCAUUGAGAAUGCAACCGAAAAAAAUAACCCCAGAGUUGCAAAGAGUUAUUGAUGGAAAUAAGAAUCAAUCAAAAAGUUCCGCUGAACCUCAAUCGCUCGAAGAGCAGCUCAAAAAUAUGAGCAAAGAAGAUGUAAUAAGACUUUGGGAUCAUUUCACUGGUUCAACAAGGGAAUAUAUCAAUUUUGAUACGAUAACUCCGGAAGAGUCAAGACUUCGUUUGGAAGAAUUCAGAUUGGCCGAGGAAGCAGCCAAGAAGUUUGGAAUCAGAUCAUCAUACAGUUAA